AUGCCUCCAAAGCCUAUGGGAGAUCCGGAUGAGAUCACCGGACAGAGCGCGCUUCCCAUUUCACGAAUCAAAAAGAUCAUCCAGCUAGACGAAGAUAUCGUACAAUGCUCGAACAAUGCGACUUUUGUCAUCGCCAGGGCUACCGAGAUGUUCAUCCAACACCUUGCUGAACAAGGACACAACGUGGUCAAGUCCGAACGAAAACCCCGCAAAACCGUUCAAUACAAAGAUCUCGCUGCGGCGGUAUCACACACAGACAAUCUCGAGUUCCUAUCAGACGUGAUUCCCAAGACUACGACGUACAAACAAUUCAAGGAGAAGAAGGCCAAGGAUGCGGCCGGCCAGAGCGCUAUGGAGAAGGGCCAACGUACCCUCAAUGGCACCGGUGCUGCUCCUCCAGCGAAUGGCGUGGGUACAGAGAAUGUUACUCCACAGGGAGAAGAGUCGAAGACAACGUCUCCGUCGGUUCCUCGGCCGAUGGUCCCUGUCAGCGCGUUGAUUGCGGACCGGACAGUUGAACCCAUGUCGAGUCAUGACCAUGACGUGGAGAUGCAAGAUUGA